AUGCCAGGUGGCAAGUCUCUGGUGGCUGAUAUCUUGAUGCUCAGAAAGGUGUUGCAAAACCCAGGCCAAAAAGCCUUGCUAGUUCUCCCAUAUGUUGCCUUGGUUCAAGAAAAGUUACGGUGGCUAAGGCAAAUCGUAGAUGGUAUCACUAAGAUUCCCUCGAACUCAUCUCGCAUUGAGAAAGUACAAUCUUGGCGCAAUCUUGGGGACGAAGACACCCUGAGGGUAGUGGGACUUUUUGGUGGCAGCAAAUCAAGAGCCACCUGGGUGGACAUGGAUAUUGCGGUCUGUACUAUUGAGAAGGCGAACUCUUUGGUGAAUGCAGCUAUUGAAGAGCAUACUAUAGGGAUGCUUGGUACUGUUAUUAUUGAUGAACUACACAUGAUUGAUGAUGAAAGCCGGGGUUAUAUUUUGGAAUUAAUGGCAACGAAACUCCUCAGUCUGGACCAGAAUGUGCAGCUCAUCGGCAUGAGCGCAACGUUAAAUAAUGCAGGAUUACUAGCACAGUGGCUGAAUGAUGCAAAAUUCUAUAUUUCUCGAUAUUGCCCAGUUCCUAUAGAAGAACAUCUCGUUUUUGACAAUUCUGUAUACCAUGCAGCGACGUCAAGCAGGUUUUACAAAACAGCCACUCAACUCAAUGCACAAACACAACCUUCCUCGCAAGUAAAGCCCGAACCAGUGAGAAUUAUUCACCCAUCGCAAUGCAGGGAAUUCGGCGAUCCAUUGAUAAAUGCUGUUGUGUCUCUUGCUAGUGAGACUGCAAGGGCAGGAUACGGAGCGCUUGUAUUUUGCAGCAGUCGCGCUGGCUGCGAAAGAGACGCCAUACUCAUUAGUCAGGUCUUACCACGCCCCGAAGAAGUCGAUACUACUACCAUGGAGAAGAGGUUGGAGUUACUGGAUGAUUUGAGAAGCACCAGUACAGGGCUAGACGCCACAUUGGAGAAGAUUGUUCUCGUCGGGGUCGCAUUUCACCAUGCAGGCUUGACUGCGGAAGAACGAGACCUAAUUGCAACGGCCUAUGACUUAGGUGUUGUCAAGAUUAUUGUUGCAACAUGUAGCUUGGCUGCUGGAAUUAAUCUGCCGGCCAGGCGAGUGAUUCUUCAUGGGGCACGAAUGGGCGCGGACUUUGUUGGGCCUUCCAUGCUACGACAAAUGAGGGGUAGAGCUGGCCGGAAAGGAAAGGAUGAGAUUGGGGAAACGUAUCUUUGCUGCAAAAAAAGCGACCUCGAAUCAGUUGCGGAGCUAAUGGAAGCUGACAUUCCAAAUGUUGAGAGCUGUCUAUUACCAGGAAAACGAGGAAUCAAAAGGGCAUUGCUAGAGGUGAUAGCGAUCAAAUUGGCAACAUGCGAAGAGUCCGUCAAUGAUUAUAUGCGAAGGACUCUUCUCUACCAUUCCGUCGAUUCCGAAGAACUAGGGGUCACCAUCUCGUCGACUUUGGAUGAUCUUUCAAAAAGUGGCCUGGUGAAAAUAAUUGAUGGCUCUACCUAUGCAGCUACUACUUUAGGCGAAGCUGUUGUUGCAUCGUCAUUAACUCCGGAAGAUGGUCUCUUUGUGCAUAGGGAACUACUGAAGGCCCUUCAAGGCUUUGCCAUGGACUCAGACCUCCAUGCAUUGUACACUUUCACCCCAGUGCAAACUACGCAAAGCAAUGUUAAUUGGCGGAUAUUUCGGCACGAAGUGGAGCGUCUGGAUGAGAGUAACAUGCGGGCUCUUCAAUUUGUGGGAUUGAAGCCAAUGUUGAUCAAUAAGAUGGCACAUGGCGGUUCAAUGAAAGAGUCAACCCCAGAGGAGUUGGAAACUGUCCGCGUUUACAAGCGUUUCUACUCCGCCCUCCAGCUUCGUGACCUCUGCAACGAAAUGCCUAUUCAUGCAGUGGCCCGCAAAUACGAUAUACCGCGGGGUAUCGUGCAAAACCUGGCGCAGACGUGCCAUGGAUUUGCUGCUGGAAUUAUCAAAUUCUGCCAACGGAUGGGAUGGGGGGCUUUGGCAGCAGUCUUAGACCAUUAUUCCGACAGACUAAGGGCUGGCGCAAAGUCAGAUCUCCUAGCUUUGGCUGAAAUCACUUACAUCAAAAGUCGAACAGCCAGAGUAUUCUGGGAAAAUGGGUACAGGACAGUAGCUGCUGUAGCUACAGCGGAUCCAAAGGACUUAUUGCCCGUCUUCUUGAUGGCACAACCUAGAAAGCCAAAUAAGCACCUUGGCGAAGAAGAUAAGUAUAUUGAAAAGCUUCGUGCGAAGGUAGCGAUGAUUUCGAUUUCGGCAAAUAAGCUAUGGGAGCGCCAAAUGCAGCAAGAGCUCGACGAGGAAGAGUGA